AUGUGCCACCGAGGUCUUGCCUCCUCCCUGUGGCAUCGCGCGCCCGAAGUCCAGGCCCUCUCCAGCCUCCAGAAGCUCUGCUUCCCUUGCUCCACGCCAAGACCGAUGCCGGCUCCACUUCGUCUUGCUGCUGUUCCGCCUUCGACGUCCUGUUGUUGCAGGACCCUCCCCAUCGGGCACUGUGGACGUGUUGUUUCUUCUCUCUCAAGGUCGAACGGACGCCGGUUACACGAGACACCAAGUAGCACGACGGUCCUCCAAGAGUUUGGGUUCGACAAGUUUGAUGACGCUAUUGUACAUCUACGUUACCGAGACCGGCAAGACCGACUGAAUGAAACCCCCAAGUACCUCUAUGAACGGAAACGCCAAGUACUCUACACGCGAAGACGCCUAAGACCAUUGCGGGAUUCAUCGAGUACAACUGCCGUCGACCCUCGAAGACCCUGUGGACGUCAAGUUCCGUUUCGUGACCCCGAACCUCUACGAAAACGUUGUACGAGUACUUCCGUGGCCAAAGACCCGUGUACAACUACCGUCGCCCUGUACGACUACCUCGACCAUGAACGUCCCGAGGACAUCUACUUCCUCUACUUUGCACCGAACGAGAACCAUCUUUUGCACGCUUCGAAGGUAUAA